AUGGUUGGCCGGAUGGAACUUUGCGUCAGCACCGUCGUGACGGGGAUCCGUCUGGUCCGCCGUAGCUCAGCCGGUGACUGGAUUGAUCUCCGCAUCGACAUCGCCUUGACGCGCCCACCUACGCCGUCGGAGACCGCGGCUUACGGCAAAUUCGAGUCGUUCUCCACUACGAACAAAAAGCCGUGGUCCCAUAGUGGAGUUCGGCCGCGCCAAAACGGCACAUGGGCAACCCUUUUCACGGCUCUGCCGUUGAUCAGCCCCGACGCCGCAAGAGACAAAGUCUACGAGGACCUGCACGCCCACUUGGCGACUGUGUCGAAGGUGGACAAGUGAAUUGUCCUUGGUGACUUCACCGCCCACGUCGGUACAGACCAUGCUGCCUGGAGAGGAGUGUUCCGCGGUUCAAACGACAAUGGUCUGCUGCUUCUCCGCACCUGCGCAGAACACAUUCUUCUGUCCGCCGGAGCGAGAGUAGGCCAAUUAGAAGCAUCCUCGGUCGCGUCAGUGGCACCUGCUGGACUAUGUCCUCGUCCGAAGGCGAGACCAGCAGGACGUGCUGGUGACGAAGGCGAUCACGGGUGCUGACUGGUGGACCGACCAUCGCCUCGUCCUCUCGAAGAUGCAUAUUCGCCUACAGCCUCGCAGGAGACCAAAAGGUAAGCGACCCCCAGGUAAGCUGAAUGUUGCCUUGUUGUUCUUGCCCGCUCACCAUCUUCAUUUCAGCAAUGAGCUAGCUCAACUGUCAGACAACCUUCCCAUUGCUGACGCCGCCGGUGCCGCCGCUGCCGAGAACGCCUCCGUGGAGAACCGCUGGUGUCAACUGCGAGACACGGUCCAGUCGACGGCGCUCGCCGUCCUCGGUCGCGCUCCCUGCCAACACCAGGACUGGUUCGACGAAAACGACGCCGUCAUCAGCAAUCUGCUCGCCGAGAAGAACCGCCUACACUAA